ACUCCUAACUCAUGGCUUUGCUGCCCCUGCCGAAUGGCUUUGCAGUCCGCGCCGUCAUCAUCAGACCUCCGUUCCAUUUCCAAAUGUGUGUGAUCCAUGGCUAGCCUAGCUAGCCGUAGUAUUUUGCCAGCGAGAGAGCCUUCUGAAUUGAACUGCGGUGCGGCCAUGGCCAUCAGAUUUGGACUGCCUUUCUUUCUGCACGCACUCCCACACCACACACUCGCCACCACUGUCUUAAAAAGCACUAGUCCUACAAAUAAGCUGCACUGUCCUCUGUCCUGACGCCCACGUAAACAUAUUUAGGCGUGCAUCCCUUUGCAGUGUCUGCUUGCUUGCUUGCUUCAUUGGAGAGAGAAAGAGAGCGAGGGAAAGAAGAGGACUCGAGGAGAGAGCGAGAGACAGACAGACAGACAGAGAGAUGGGCGUGGCGACGGUGACAGAGCUGAAGCAGAGCAUCUCCGGGAAGAGGACAUUCCGGCCGAGCCUCAUCAGCCGCCACGCCAAUGAGUGGCCUCCGACCGACGUCUCCAGCGACCUCACCGUCGAGGUGGGCACCUCCAGCUUCGCGCUCCACAAGCUGUUCGCGCAGUUCCCGCUGGUGUCCCGGAGCGGCAAGAUCCGGCGGCUCGUGGCGGAGGCCAAGGACGCGAAGCUGGCGCGGCUCAGCCUGCACGGCACCCCGGGGGGCGCGCCGGCGUUCGAGCUCGCCGCCAAGUUCUGCUACGGCGUGCACGUGGACGUGACCGUCGCCAACGUCGCCAUGCUGCGCUGCGCCGCGCACUACCUGCAGAUCACCGACGACUUCUCCGACAAGAGCCUGGAGCUCCGCGCCGAGUCCUUCCUCCGCGACGCCGUGCUCCCCAGCAUCGCCAGCUCCGUCGCCGUGCUCCGCAGCUGCGAGGCGCUGCUCCCGGCCGCCGAGGACGUCGGCCUCGUGCCCCGCCUCAUCGCCGCCAUCGCCACCAACGUGUGCAAGGAGCAGCUCACCUCGGGGCUGUCCAAGCUGGACCAGUGCGCCGCGCAGCUGAAGCCCGCCGCGGCGUUCGCCGCCGACCUCGACUCGCCGGGCCCGGGCGACUGGUGGGGCAAGUCCGUGGCCGCGCUCGGCCUCGACUUCUUCCAGCGGCUGCUCUCCGCGGUGAAGGCCAAGGGGCUCAAGCAGGAGACGGUGACCAGGAUCCUCAUCAACUACGCGCAGAACUCGCUGCACGGGCUCAUGGCCAGGGACGUGCACAGAUGCGGCGCCGCGGACGCCGACGCCGUCAAGAAGCAGCGCGCCGUCGUGGAGGCCAUCGUGGGCCUGCUCCCGGCGCAGUCCAAGAAGAGCCCCGUGCCCAUGGCCUUCCUCUCGGGCCUCCUCAAGACGGCGAUGGCGGUGUCCGCGUCCAGCAUCUGCAGGGCCGACCUGGAGAAGCGGAUCGGCAUGCAGCUGGACCAGGCCAUCCUCGAGGACAUCCUCAUCGCCGCCGGCGCGGGCGCUGGCGCGGCCACGCCGGCCGGGCACGGGCAGCAGCACGCGCUGUACGACACGGACGUGGUGGCGCGCAUCUUCUCGGUGUUCCUCAACCUCGACGACGACCACAACGAGGAGGACGCCGCCGCGUUCGACUACGACAGCCCGCGGUCGCCCAAGCAGAGCCUCCUGGUGAAGGCCGCCAAGCUCCUGGACAGCUACCUCGCGGAGGUGGCGCUCGACUCCAACAUCCUCCCGUCCAAGUUCAUCUCCCUCGCCGAGCUGCUCCCCGACCACGCUCGCGUCGUCACCGACGGCCUCUACCGCGCCGUCGACAUCUUCCUCAAGGUGCACCCGAACAUCAAGGAGGCGGAGCGGUACCGGCUGUGCAAGGCGAUCGACUGCCAGCGGCUGACGCCGGACGCGUGCAGCCACGCGGCGCAGAACGAGCGGCUCCCGGUGCAGAUGGCGGUGCAGGUGCUCUACUUCGAGCAGCUGCGGCUGCGGAGCGCGAUCCAGGCCAGCGGGGGCGGCGGCAGCAUGGGCGGGCACGACGCGGCGCUCUUCUUCGGGUGCGCCGCGGCCGCCGCCGCGUCGUCGGUGUCGGUGCAGGGCAGCGUGAACAUGCGCUCCGGCAGCGGCGUGGGCAGCGGCGCAAUGUCGCCGCGGGACAACUACGCGUCGGUGCGGCGGGAGAACCGGGAGCUCAAGCUGGAGGUGGCGCGGAUGCGGAUGCGGCUCACGGACCUGGAGAAGGACCACGUGAGCAUGAAGCGGGAGCUGGUGCGGGUCGGCCCGGCCAACCGCCUGCUCCGGGGCUUCGCUCGCAGCCUCAGCAGGCUCUUCCGCAUGCGACCCGCCGCCGAGCCGGGGCUGCAGCAGCUCGGCGCCAAGGCCACCGCCGACGCCAAGGUGCUCUUCCAGCGCCGCCGCCGACACUCCAUCUCAUGAUCAACGGAGAGGUGGAGGUGCCCGGGCCCGGACCCAGCGGCGACGCGACGCUGCCCAUCGAGCUUGCUCGCGAGGAUGAGUGGGUGGCCAAUAAGCUCCUGCUCCUGCUGUACGUACAGCAAAGUUCGCGUGUGCAACUGUGCAUAGCAUACAAGAAGAGAGAUUGGUUUGAGUGAGUGCAGUGCAGUGCAGUGCAGAUUUACUUCUUUCCCGGAUUUCGUGCAGCCAUCGCAUGGUCUUCUGCUGAUGAAAGUCAUGGCGUUCGACACAGCAUGCGAUGCGAUGCAUGUAUAUGGAUGGUUGGACGGAUUAUGGAAAGGUUUCGACUUUCGAGUGGUGUAUGUAUCAUUGAGUGUCCAGAGUAUCUGAGUAUGGAGAAAUUGGGUUCAGAGGAGACAUGGUUAUUGUUUUCUCUGUAGUUUGGGGGCCAAAUUCUGUUCAGACGAGCGAUUUCAAUUUCUUCUUUCAGCGAAAUUGGGCUUUGUUUAGUUUCACCCAAAUACCCAAAAUUUUUCAAGAUUCCCCGUCA